AUGAACCCUGUAAUUACUAAAGAAGAAUAAACAUAACUAACCACUUUAAGCGCAAACUUUUUCAACUAGCCAGCUCCCAUCAAUGACCUCAAGAUAGGCAAAAUCAAGAGCACUUCCAAUCCUUUCAGAAUGCCUUUCUCAUCAAAUAAUAACAAAAUGCCAGUUAUUCAGUAAUAAAGAAGCGACAGUAAAUCGGAAGAUCAGAAAUAUUCUCCACCUUCCUCUGCCUAAAAGCCCAAGCCUUAAGUUAUAGACGUCAAUCAAAUGAUCAUUAAACUGGAACGAAAACUAGUGAAAAUAAGAGAUGAUAAUAGACUGAAAGAGAAGGAAUAAUAGAUGUUUCAGCUUAGAAAGGAAAUAAAAGAGCUUGAAUAGGACUUGCUGCUCACAAAGAUUGAUUUAGCAUAGGCCAAGGGGGAGCUAGAUGAAUAUGAGUAUUAGAUUGAUGAGUACAAGAGAGUCAUCAAACAAGAAAAUUAGGAUUCGUAAAACAGCAGCACUGAUCAAACAUAAGAUAAAGAGUCUUCUAGAUCAUAGAGAAACUAGUCUAAAACUAAAACUGUAUUUAAAUACAAAAAUAUGAUCAAGUACCCCGUAUCCCUGCUGACUAAGACUUAGAUAGUAAACCAAGUAAAAGUGCCUAAAUUUCUGAAGAAGUUAAAUCCAUUCUCAGGCAACUCUGGAAACUCAGGGCAUUCCUCUCAGAAUGUAUUAGAUGACCCAAUAUUUGGAAGUGAUUCCAUUGAUGAUACACCUAAAAAUACAAAUAAAAAGCAACCUGAUAAUUUGUAGUUUUCUGAAUUAGAUAUGGGAAUAUCAACAACCGUGAGUAUGGCAGCACCUAUGAGAGAUAUAAGAUAAGAAACAUUAUCUGCUGCAGUAUAUCUCAACUAUUUUUAGAAGACUCAUGAUGAGAAACAUAUAGAUUAGUGGUUUAAGGUCUAUAUCCCAUUAAUCAAGGAGGGAUAUGACGAGGAAUUUCGAAAAAAUAAAAAGCUUAAGCAAGAGAUUGUAUCUGGGAUCCCUGUUCCCUUAAGAGGUUAGGUGUGGUAGGCACUAGUUGGAAAUAAGCUUAGAAUCAGUUCAUUUUUAUUCUAAGUAUUUAAAGAUAACGGCUAGCAUGAUUAUAAUAUGGACCCAGACAAUCCAAGAAUAAAACUUAAUCCGCUAAUAGAAGAGGAUAUCCCUCGAACAUUCCCUCAUCUUAAUGAUUUGUUUGAAGAGAUUCAAUCACUUUCAACGUCUCUAAGAGAGAUACUACUAGCUUACUAGAAUUUUAGAUAAGAUAUUGGGUAUGUAUAAGGAAUGAGCUAUGUGGCUGGCAUGCUUUUACUUCAUUGCGGACCUCCAGAGGAGUGCUUCAAAGUGUUUUGCAACAUUCUAAACAUGGAAAUUAUCUUUAACUUCUACAAUUUUAAGAUAUCUGAGAUCAAUAAGACAUAUAAGGUGUAUUGGAAGCUACUCAAGGAACAGGCACCUUUACUCUAUGACAAUCUAAAAGCAGAUAAUGUGUCCUGCAGUGUAUUUCUCUUUGAGUGGGUGCUUACUCUAUUUAGCAGUUCAUUUGAGAUAGAAAUCUGCACAUAUUUGUGGGAUCAGAUUUUCUUUUUUGGAGACAUGUAUAUAGUCAAGAUCGCUGUAACCAUAUGCUAUUUAUUAUAGAAAAAGUUCAUAAAUGAGAUAAAAACCGUAGAUGGCCUGGCUAUUAUUAAAAAAGGGAGGCUGCAUUUAUAGAAAGAUGAGUUGUUUGAUGCCCUUAAUAAAAUAAAACUAGACCUCUCUUAUAUAGAGUCUCUUUAUGCGAAGUUAGACGCAAUUGAAGAUGAAUAAUGA